AUGAUAGCCCACAACUUCCUCCUAUGGAGUCUUCUCUUCUUCCUACCUUGUUUUUCAACAUUGCAAGUUCUUCAAAUCGUGCCAGGAUUCACAAACAGUCAUGUUCUCUUCAAUUAUCGUUUAGCCAGUUCACUGAAGGCUCUUGGCCAUGACGUCCAAAUGUGGACACAAAUGGAAAUGGCUAUGCUGGAUACUGGUAAUAACAAACUACCUGAAGGGGUUUCCGAAUAUAGAAUUCCAAUUCAUUUCACUGAUAGCUUGAAAACAGAAGGAUUGAAAGUUUUCCAAUCCAUGAUGUUCUCGGCCGGAGACGCUUAUGACUUGUGGUGGACUGGGCAGGAGUUCAAAGACAUGCGUGUUGAAGCUUGUGAGCAAAUGCUAAGCCACGACGAAAAGGUCUACGAGAAACUCCGACAACGUAAAUUCGAUGUUGCCAUUGCUCAUUUCCAUGACUUAUGUCCAUUGGCUAUAGCUAAGAAACUUGGAGUCAACAAAGUUAUCUGGAUAACUCAUGGUACAUCAAUCUACGAUUUCGCUGCCGUUACUUUGGGGCUUCGUACUCUACCUGCUACUGUUCCUCAUCCACUUUCAUCAGGCGGCUUUUCUCUCGACUUCUCGGAUAGGCUGUACAACUUACUUUGGCAUUGGUCGCUCUUAGACUUUGUCAAUCUUCCUCAAAACCUAUUGCACGAUGAAAACGAAUUCUAUAGAAAACUGAUCGCACCUGAUCAACCAGAUUUGUGGGAACUGUCACAGAACGUGUCAGCUCUUCUAAUCAAUGGAGAACGAAUGUUAGAUUUCCCAAGACCUUUGCCGCUCCAUAUUUCGUUCUCGGGCGAGCUUGGACUUAACAAAGUUUCAAAAUCUAAAAAAGGAGACUUGGGAGAUGAGAUUGAAAACAUAUGGAGCAAAAAACCAAGUAAAGGACUUAUAGUGUUCUCUUUGGGCACAGUCUCCAAUACCACGAACAUGCCUCAGCAGAUGAUUGACUCCUUUGUCGGAGCUUUCUCCAAACUUCCUGAUUAUACAAUUCUAUGGAGAAUGGAGAAAUCUGUGAAAGAAGCAGAGCAUUUGACCAAUGUCCAUCUGAUCAAAUGGUUGCCCCAAAAGGAUAUCAUGAGAGACCCAAGGAUGAAGCUUUUGAUAGCUCAUGGUGGCUACAACUCUCUCUUGGAAACAGCUCAAGCCGGUAUUCCAGCAGUCCUGAUGCCGUUGUUCGCUGAUCAAAAAAUAAAUGCAAUGCGUGCAACUAGGUUUGGUAUCGCUCAAACAUUGGACAAACUGAAUUUGACUCCUGAAAACGUAUACGGAGCAAUCAGCACAGUGCUGGAAGAUCCGAAAUACUCGGAGAACGCUAUAAAGCUGUCUUCAAUGCUGACUGACAAACCAACAGAGAAACCGUUCUGGCCAUUGGCGUAUGCUCUCAAACUAGCCACUAGUGAUUCGAAAUUCUUUACUCUGAUAGCUGCUCAGCAGCAUAGUUUCUUCUCUUUCUAUAACUUGGACAUUCUCUUGGUCAUUUUCUCUUUGGUCUUCAUAACAAACUUGCAAUAA